AUCGGCCGAAGAAGCGUGCGGGUAGGGAGAACUUGCCUGCACAGCCGCGAGCUUCUGUACUGGCUUCCGAUCAAAUGCCGCAACUUCCGAUCCGUUCAGGAAGGGAAAGUUGUCUAAGGAGCAAAGUCGACCGGCCACGGGAGAACCGAAGAAGCGCGCGAAAGGUAGACAGUUAUCUUCACAGCCGCCGAGCUCCUGUUCUGAUUCCGAUCAAAAAUGUCUGACUUCCGAUCCGGCGGGAAGGGGAUGCCGUCGAAUGAGCCAAGCCGAACAGCACAGAGGAGCCUCCGAUCCUUCUCACAGCCAGCGAGCUCCGUUCUCUGCUUCCGAUCAAAUUGUUGUAACUUCCGGUCCGACAGCAGGGAACGUCGGAGGAGCGGAGUCGGACACCAACAAAGGAACCGGAGAAGCCUUCCAAAGGGAGAAAAUUACUUCACUGCAAGCGAGCUUCCCGUCGCUGCUCACGAUCAAAAUGGCGUAGCUUCCGAUUCAUACAGGAGGGAACGUCGUCGAUCAAGCGAAGUCGCACAGCUGCGAAGGAGUAGAAGAAGCGCUCGAAAGGAAGAUAGGUGGCUACCUUCUCAACGAGUAAGCUCCCUUCUUGCUUCCGAUCAAACUAUCGUAACUUCCGUUCUGUCCAGGAGAGAGCAGGGUGAGCGAGAGAGAUCGAGUGCGAGAGAGAGCAGCGAGAGAGAUGUCAGAGCCGAAAUCCUCUCCUUUUCGUUUCUUUUUUAACGCCCAGUGAGGUCGUGCGAUGAAACGACGCGAUGUAUGGCCUCGUCGUGCGAAGGGCGGCGACGUCGUGCGAGUGCAGAGAGCGGGUACGAUUUUUUUUAUUUGAUUUUUUUAUUUCCAAUUACAGGUCAACAAAUGCCCCCCAACAAAUGUGGUACGCGCCUAGAGCGAGCCACGUUUGUUGUAUACUAAUUGACCCUGUGGAUCUCCAGAUAUCUUUUUAGAUGUCACACUAGG